CGAAGAGAAAAAUACAACAUCUCCUGUUUCUUUUGCAACAUAGAUGCAGUACUGCUUACCAAUAUCAGCCAUCCUCUUUAUUCUUGUGUGGGUGUUUCUGCAGAUUAUAUUCUUACGCUGCAAAACUUAUAAUCGAAUAUCCCCUGGACAGGUUUCAAGAGUAAAGGAAGUUAUAAGGAAACAGUAUGAAGAACUUGGACCAAUAACCUUUGGACAGGGAGCAGUUAUUGUACACUUCAUUGUAUUGGCACUGUUGUGGGUCACCAGAAAAUUAGGUGGAGUUCUAAGAUGGGGAGAUUUGUUUCCUGAAAAAACAGUGACUGAUUCCACACCAGCCAUAUUUGUUGCAAUGAGUCUCUUUCCAUCUGUUUUGCCACACAAAUUCAAAGAAAAAGAGAAACCAGUACCACCUCUACUUCCAUGGAAAGCAGCUGAAAAGAAUUUACCCUGGGGUGUAGUUUUAUUGCUUGGAGGAGGUUUUGCUAUUGCUAAAGGAAGCAAGGUAUCUGGAUUGUCAAAACUGAUUGGAGAACAAUUGUCCGUGUUUAAAGACUUUGAGCCUUGGGUAAUGAAUCUCGUUCUGUGCUUAAUGGUUGCAGCGGCAACAGAAGUAACAAGUAACAUUGCUAUUUGUACAUUGAUGAUGCCUAUAAUGAAAGAACUGGCAAUAACUCUUCAAGUCAACCCACUAUACUUCAUGUUUCCUACGGCCAUUGCUACAUCAUUUGCUUUUAUGCUACCUGUCGCCACCCCGCCUAACGCAGUUGUCUUUUCUUAUGGUUUUAUCAGAGCUCUAGACAUGGUAGUAGCUGGAUUUCCAUUGAAUAUAUUAGCUGUUUUGGUAUUGGUCAUAGGGACAGAGACAUGGGGAGAGGCCAUCUUUGGUUUCCAUACGCUUCCUGAUGCUUUUAAAUUAGCAAAUGACACCACAGUAUCAAUGAAUGUAACAACAAUGUCUACCAGUUGA